CGUCCCGCGCAUGCGUCCUCCAGCAGGAACCGCGGUCCUGCGGUGUUAGAUCUGAGUGGUUCCUGUCGGGAGUAGCAUGGAAGGGCUUCUGAGAAGAUGGAGGAACUUUCCUGGCAUACUGUUGGCCAGCUGCCCGCUGUCACAGCGUCCCCUUUGCAGGCCUUACCAUCGUCCACCAGGCAGAGUGAAACGCCUGGCGCUGUCUCAUUUUUUCCAGCCUCAGAACCUCCGAGAAGAUCAGGUGGUCGGACUAGAGAGUAGGUCUGCCGAGCUGACCUGUAAGAGCCAGAGGCUGAUGCUGCAGACCGGGCUGAUUCACCCUGCUGGCCCUGGCUGUUACCACUACCUGCCCUACACCGUUCGAGCCAUGGAGAAGCUGGUCAGGGUGGUAGACCAGGAGAUGCAGGCCAUCGGCGGGCAGAAGCUAGACAUGCCCACCCUGAGCUCAGCCGAGCUCUGGAGAGCCUCUGGCCGGUGGACCCUAAUGGGCAAGGAGCUCUUUCAGCUACUAGACCGGAAUAACAAAGAAUACUGUUUGGGACCAACACAUGAGGAAGCCAUCACCUCCCUGAUAGCCUCUCAGAAGACCCUGUCCUACAAACAGCUUCCCUAUCUCCUCUACCAGGUCACAAGGAAGUUCCGGGAUGAGCCCAGGCCCCGCUUUGGCCUCCUUCGAGGCCGAGAAUUUUACAUGAAGGACAUGUACACCUUUGACUGCUCUUCUGAAGCUGCUCACCAGACGUAUGACCUUGUGUGUGAUGCUUAUGGCAGGAUCUUUAACCGGCUUGGGCUUCAGUUUUUGAGGGUGCAGGCAGCCGUGGGGAGCAUCGGUGGAACCAUGUCUCACGAGUUUCAGCUCCCCUCGAACACUGGAGAAGAUGUGCUUGCAAUCUGCUCAAAUUGCAGGUUCACAGCCAACGUUGAGACGCUGGACCCCAAGCAGCCAAAUUGCCCUGUUUGCCAGGAGAAGCUGACGGAAACCAAAGGUAUUGAAGUGGGGCACACCUUUUAUCUGGGCACCAAGUACUCUUCUGUAUUCAAUGCCCAAUUUGUUAAUGCUCAGGGAAAGCCGUCACUAGUAGAGAUGGGGUGCUAUGGGUUAGGCGUGACCCGCAUCUUAGCUGCGGCCAUUGAAGUGCUUUCCACAGAAGAUUGCAUCCGCUGGCCUGGUCUGCUUGCCCCUUACCAAGUCUGCCUUAUUCCUCCAAAAAAGGGCAGCAAGGAAGAGAUGGCAGUAGAGUUGAUGGAGACUCUCUAUGAUGAUAUCUCUGAAGCCUUGCCCCAGCUGCAGGGGGAGGUCUUGCUGGAUGACAGGACACAUUUGACUAUUGGAAACAGAUUGAAAGAUGCCAACAAACUCGGCUACCCCUUUGUUGUGAUAGCUGGCAAGAGGGCCUUGGAACAGCCCUGCCAUUUUGAGGUUUGGUGUCAGAGCACUGAUGAGGUGGCGUUCCUCCCCAAACAAGGGGUGAUUGAUUGGUUGCGGAAAGUACAGGUUGUCUAAAAGCCCAAUCUCUGAUUCUUACCAAGUUAAGUCCUCGCAUAAUUGGGUGGCAUGCUAUUCUCUCUAGAUGCAGUGCAGCUGAUAGAGGAUGGAUGCUGGUUAGGAGUGCAAGGCUUCAUCAUUCAUUGAUUCAGCGAACAUCACUCAUUCAUAUAAAAAGAAAGGAAUAUGAUUUCUCUUUCCACCGACUGCCCAUGUGCUCUACUUUAAAUCAACAGAACCUUCUGUGAUGUGAGAAAGAUGCUCACGUCUGGCAAUUCUUAGUCUUCAGCUUGAAGGCUAAGUCUUCCCAUUCGGAGCCAGUUGGAAGAUUGAGAUGAUUGGAUGGGAGAGCAAAUGAGAAACUUCCUCCAGAGACCUUGGCCCUCAUUAGGCUGGACUAAAUGCCUGAGCUCAUUUUUCUCUUGGUUCACGAGGCCAAGUUUUUGGAUUAUGAGCCUCAAGUAUAAAAGUGUUCAUUUUUAACCUCAGUAAUGUUUAGCCAUCUUAACAGGUUCAGCCAAGUAACUUGGGAAGGUAUGGAGCCUGGGUUAGAGAGCCAAAGCCUUCUGACUUCCUACCCAAUGUGUCUGCCGUCGCUCUUAUUGUGAUUCUGAAACCUUAAAUCGUGUUCUCUUGACUUGCUGCCUACCUCAGGGGAAGGCAGUGACCACAAAUGAGAUGCUGUCUGUAAAAUUAUUCCAUCCCCUUUGGAGGAGUCAGAAGGGACACAUGCACCGUGUUCCCAAACUGUUGUCAUCCUGGACUUGCGAACUUUGUUUCUUGCCAUUGAUGGAUGGCAUGGGGAUGUUGGCAAAAUUUCAGGUACAGGCUGUGUUAUCCCUGCCCGUUCUGAGGGACGUCUGAGAGGAGAGGCAGAGAGAAUAUUUAGCAGAAUUAACAAAGGGACAAAAAUUGGCCAGCAUUAGAACACCAGUAAUGGACUCCUUCCAUGUUUUAGUGGGAGUGAGGCUUGUGUUGCCAUGACACUUCCAGGUUUACAAAGCCCUGUCCUGACAACAACUCUGGGAGAUGGAGGUGAUGUGAGGAUUUGUUCUUAUUUACAGAUGAGAAAGGCUCAGAGAAGAUAAUGACUUGCCCCAGUCUCCUGAUGAGUUAGCGUCAGAGCUGGGCCUCGAACCGUCACCUGACCCUGACCAGUAAUACUUUCAUCUUAGCAAUAAAGGCUAUUUGCAGAAAUUGGU